AUGGCGGAGGAAGGAGACACAAUUCUCGUCUCCCCAGGUGAAUACAAAGAGUCGAUCAACUUGUCCAAGAACAUCACAAUAUCAGGACACAGAUGCGAUCCUAAGGAUUGUUGUAUCAUAUCUGACAAUGCCACAACCAUCACAUUCAGCGGGAAACAAGGGAAGAUAGCAAAUCUAUCACUGAAAGUCGAGGACAAGUCCAACUUCUUUCAUUGUCUUGUUGUUGAGAACGGAGUCCUCGAGAUCGAGGCCUGUGAGAUGCUGGGAGGAGCGUGGGGACUUUGCAUCAACAACAGAGCACAUGCGAUAGUGCGGGGGUGUCAAAUCCAUGAUAACAAGGGGACGGGAGUCAACGUGUACGGAGGAGCGCGACUGGAAAUGACCGAGUGUGAGAUCCUGAACAACAGAGGACGAGGAGUGUCGGCGAGUGAUAGCGGGACGUUUGUGUCACUGAGAGGAAACGUCAUCCAGAACUGCUCAGAUGGGGUUUAUGUGUACGCCAAGGCGCACCUGAGGAUGGAAGAAAACUACAUCCACAGCAACCAGGACAGCGGGAUCACCGUCCAUGAGCCGGGGACUUAUGCGAUCAUCAAGCGAAACUACAUGCAGAGGAAUGGCUGGGGAGGCGUUCGGAUCUACUCAGGUGCCUCAGCAGAAGUCACUGACAACGACUUGCAAGGCAACGUCUCAGGUCCUCUCGCCAUUGACAAGGCAAGCACUCCCGUCGUCUCGCUCGACAACAACCAGCAUUGCGAAGUUUUACCGACUGGAUUCGAUGCCACGAGCUUCGUUCAACGAAGUCCCUUCAAGGUGCUGAACUCUUGA